AUGCGGAAAGAGGCUCCACUCACUCCUCCAGCUUCCUGUCAUCUCUCAGGGAGAGGCUCCUCCACAGUGCUCUCUUCAGUUCCCCUUCAAAUGCUGUUUUAUCUCAGUGGAACGUACUACGCCCUGUAUUUCCUCGCCACGCUCCUGAUGAUCACGUAUAAAAGUCAGGUGUUCAGCUGUCCUCACCACUACCUGGUCCUCGAUCUUGCUCUGCUGUUUCUGAUGGGGAUUCUGGAAGCAUUGCGGUUAUACCUGGGUACCAGGGGCAACCUGACAGAGGCUGAGAGGCUGCUGGCCGCCAGCCUGGCCCUCACGGCCGGCACCGCCCUCCUCUCUGCCUACUUCCUGCUUUGGCAGACCCUGGUGUUGUGGGCAGACUGGGCCCUCAGUGCCACACUCCUGGCCCUUCACGGCCUGGAGGCCGUCCUGCAGGUGGCUGCCAUUGCAGCCUUCACCAGGUAGCUGCGGGCACCCAGAACACCCCACACUGGGGCCCUCCUCCUGGGCCCGACCAUUCCCCCAGCUGUCACCUCCCCAUUCCUGGACAGAAAGGGCACUUUUCCUAGCGACUGGCCAUAGAUGGUUUCAGACGGCUCCAUCUGUCCUGGCAGGGGUGGGAGCAGGAGCCAGAGCAGAACAAACUGCUGGAGGCGCUGGUGUUGGGAACAGCUGCAGGGAGGGUAGGGACCACACAGAACUGCCUUCAAGGUGAGUCCCAGGAGCGCACACUCAGCCCCGUCAGUGGGGUCUGGCUUCAGCAGCCAGGCCUCCAUGGACCCCCAUGGGCCCCCAGGGCUGAGAGGGAGGACACAGCCCUUCAGAACAGAGGCCUCGUCUCACCGCCUCCCCUAUCACCCCCUAGUUCCCUGAUGGUCCUAAUUUGUGCUCUGAGAGCCCAGUUUACUCCGUGGCCAGGCCCCACCUGUGUUUCCAAGUCCGGCUGGAGAAGCAGGAUGGGGUAGGCCUUGUGCUUUGAGUGCCCCCAGCUCUGCCUCACAGGCAGGCAGGCCCCGGGGGCAAGAGUGCACUCUGGGUUCCUAAAGCAAUAAAUGCAAACAAGCCAGCAGCUCUGGUGCUUGAGAAUUUCCAUCUCAGCCACACUCCUCCCUUUAGGGGCUUCGGAGGAGAGGUCAGGGCUGAGGCUGGGGAUGGAACUGCAGGAGAGAGCAGCUGCGGGGCCCACAUUCUGAGCCUCCGUCCACUCCAGUUUUAGCAACUUUUGCCUUUUGCACUGAGUGCUAAACAAAUUCUAGCUCUGUGAUUUUUUUCCCAUUCCCAGAUUUACUGUAAGUUCUCCUUAAAAAGUAUCUAAGCUGUUAUAGUAGCUUUCCCUUCAUUUGGUUCUAUUGUGUGUUCUCUAUGUUUGGAAUAAUCACAUCCUAGUACCUAGAUAUUUUCUCUUCACCGCAUUUUGUAAAUAAAAGAGAUGUGUAUGUCUCCUUGAA